AAAAUGUAUUUUACUGCAGAUAUGUUUUUUUUCUUUAAAUAAGUGUUAUAUAAACAAAGCUUGAUCUGAUUUGAGUCAUUGUCCCAUUGGCGUGCACGCGACCCGGCUAUUAGACGAGUGGAGCGGGGGCGUCGGGAACGCGCUCUCCUGCCGUGACGUCACGGGAGCGCUCCAGCAGCAGAGCGAGUAAGGAGGAGGAGGGGGGGAAGCCACCGGUGGAGGAGCUGGAAAAGACGGGAAAAGAGGGGGAGACAGGCAGGAGACACAAGGAGAAGACAGCGCUGCUCCCCGUCUGACGCUCCUCUCCGUUACGUGGCGUCACUUUGAGCGUCGGCAGCGGCGGAACGGCUGAAGAGGAAACGAGACCGGCCUCUCCUUCUCCCUCAAACCGAAGGGUCAACACAGCCGCAGUGAUCACAUAAUCUCAGACUGUGUGGAUCAUCUUAUCUGAAGAGAUGCUUUGGUGAAAACAAAGUCCAUGGAUCACAGCUUGUGUUGGAAAGACCUCAUUCCCUGCUGUCUUUACACAACAAAAUAUUUCAGCCAGGGAGGAAUGACAACAAAAUAUUCUUUGUAGUUAGAUUUUUAUACCAUUGGUGUGAUUUAAAAAAAGCAGUUUUGAUUAUCUGACCAUCAGCCUCGACUUAUUUAGUUAACACCGACUCUGACACCAUGUAUGGGAGUUCUCGUUCCGUCUCAAAGCUGGAUGUGGUUGGAUCCAAUGGGAACGGUUCUGCUUCUGGGAGUCCCGGCCGCUCACCGCGCCUCCCUCGCUCUCCCCGGCUGGCCCACCGACGCAACAGCAGCAGCAGCUCCGCCGGUGGACUCACCGGAAGCGGCAAAACUCUUUCCAUGGAGAACAUUCAGUCUCUGAAUGCUGCCUACGCGACCGGCGGCCCCAUGUAUUUCUCUGACGCAGCAGAAGACCCAGCUGGCAUUGGGAGUCUGAGCGGUGGGCUGAAUCCCACGAUGCCGAAAAACACCAUGACCCUGGGCAGAGCCGGAGCCAGGGUGCCCUACGGGGUCAGGGCAGCGGUCAUGGGGAGCAGUCCUAAUAUAAACACGGGUGGGGGAGUGGGAACUUCUGGAGCCGUCAUGCCUAGUGAUGCUAUAGCAUUUGGAGAUCUGCAAAACCAGCCCCCACAGGCGGCCACUGUGCCCCACUCCAUGAGACAGGUGAGAGAUGGUGCAAUGUCAGACCUUCAGACUCAACUGAGAGAAGUGUUACGAGAGAACGAACUACUGCGCAGAGAGCUCGAAGGCAAGGAGUCCAAGUUGAGCUCAAGCAUGAACUCAAUUAAGACCUUCUGGAGUCCAGAACUGAAGAAAGAAAGGGCGCUGAGGAAGGAUGAAGCUACCAAGAUAGGAGUCUGGAAGGAGCAGUACAGAGUGGUGCAGGAGGAAACACAGCAUCUUCAGUGCACCAUCCAGGCUCUGCAAGACGAGCUCCGGAUCCAGCGCGAUCUCAACCAACUCUUCCAGUCCGACUAUUCAGAGUCCGGUCGCCUCGGAAACCGGGCCAUUCCACCCCAGGAGAUGACGGAGGAGAACUUCCUGCGUCUCCACGGCGAGUACGAGCGCCAGGUCAAAGAGCUCUUCCUCCUGAGGAAGACGGUGGAGGAAAUGGAGCUGAGGAUUGACACGCAGAAGCACACGCUGACUGCCAGGGACGAGUCCAUAAAAAAGUUACUGGAAAUGUUGCAAAGCAAAGGCCUGUCGUCACGGGCAACCGAGGAGGACCACGAAAGAACGAGGCGCCUCGCUGAUGCAGAGAUGACAAUCCACCAACUGGAAGGCCUGCUCGAGCAAAGAGACAAGGAGAUGCUUCAACUCAGAGAGGAGCUGCACAGGAGAUACGAAGCAGCUCCCGAGUCCACAAAGACCAAGGCCUUGCAGACGGUCAUCGAAAUGAAGGAUGCAAAGAUCAGCUCAAUGGAGCGAGGCAUGAGAGAGCUGGAGGAGGAGGUGAUGAUGCUGAAGUCCAACGGAGCUCUGAGCAGCGAAGAAAGGGAGGAGGAGAUCAAACAGAUGGAGGUCUACAGAUCCCACUCCAAGUUCAUGAAGAACAAGGUUGAGCAGCUGAAAGAAGAACUAAGUCAGAGCCAAUCAGAGAGGGAGGAGCUAAGGCAGCGAGCCAAUGAGCUUCAGCAGGAGGUGUCUGCAAUGGAUCAGGCGAAACAAGAGUUAAGUCGUAAAGACAGCGAGCUGCUCGGUCUCAGGACCAAACUGGAGACCCUCAACAACCAGUUUUCUGACAGUAAACAGCACGUGGAUGUGCUGAAAGAGUCCCUCACUGCCAAGGAGCAGAGAGCUGCUAUACUACAGACUGAGGUGGAUGCCUUGCGUCUCCGCCUGGAGGAAAAAGAAGCUCUCCUCUCUAAGAAGAGUCAGCAGAUAUCAGAGCUGACGGAGGAGAAAAGCACCCAGCAGGGGGAGAUUUCUGACCUCAAAGACAUGCUGGACGUCAAGGAGCGCAAAGUUAACGUGCUACAGAAGAAGAUCGAAAACCUCCUGGAUCAGCUGAGGGACAAAGAGAAACAGCUGAGCGGCCUGAAAGACAGAGUGAAGUCUUUGCAGACGGACACCUCCAACACAGACACCGCUCUGGGAACACUGGAGGAGGCUCUUUCCGAGAAGGAGCGAAUCAUCGAACGCCUGAAGGAGCAGAGGGAAAAGGAGGAAAGGGAAAAAGGCGACGAGAUGGAGUCCAGCAAGAAAGACCUAAAAGAGUUUAGGGAGAAAGUGUCCCAGCUGCAGGCUGACCUCGCCGACCGUGAGGCGCUGGUGCUGGAUCUGAAAGAAAAAGCUUCCUCUCUGGCGUCGUCAAAUCUCAAGAAAGACAGCAGGCUGAAAAGUCUGGAGAUUGGCCUGGAGCAGAAGAAAGAGGAGUGCAACAAACUGGAGAACCAACUCAAAAAGGCCCAGAGCGCGGCAGCGGAGUCCCGGGCCAACGCUGAACUCUCUGAACGCAUCACCUGCCUGGAGCAGGAAGUGACCCGGCACAGGGAGGAUGCUGGGAAGGCCCAGUCGGAGGUGGAAAGACUUCUGGAGAUCCUACGGGAGAUGGAGAAUGAGAAGAACGACAAGGAGAAAAAGAUUCAUGAGUUGGAGAGAAAUCCAUCCGCCCCUCAUCUGUGGCGCUCUAAGCAAUCAGGAAAACAAGCCCCUCCCCCUGCUGCCUCUCAGCAGCCAAUGGGGGGGCUGGUGUGGGACUACCUGGGCACUUUCGCCUCAAGACAAAUGAAGGACCAGUCAAAGAGAGUGGCCAGCAUGAAGCACAAGGAGCAGCUGGAAAAAAGCAGAAAUGCGCAAUUAAUGGAGGAGGCCAAGAAGAGAGAGGACAAUCUGAACGAGAGCUCCCAGCAGUUUAAGGACUCCCUCCGUCAUAAGGAAGACCGGAUUGAAGAGUUGGAGGAGGCGCUGAGGGAGAGCGUUCAGAUCACUGCUGAAAGGGAGGUGGUGUUGGCCCAGGAGGAGCAGGCGCGCACACAGGCCGAGAAACAGGUGGAGGAUCUGCUGGUUGCCAUGGAGAAGGUUAAGCAAGAGCUGGAGGUGAUGAAAGCCAAGCUGUCGUCAACUCAGCUCUCUCUGGCCGAGAAGGAAGGUCAUCUGACUGCCUUGAGAGCCGAGAGGCGGAAGCACCUGGAGGAGGUUCUAGAGAUGAAACAGGAGACUCUGCUGGCCGCUAUAAGUGAGAAAGAUGCGAACAUUGCCCUCCUUGAGCUGUCCUCGUCCAAAAAGAAGAAAACUCAGGAAGAGGUGGCCGCUCUGAAACGAGAAAAAGAUAGUCUGGUUCAGCAGCUGAAACAGCAGACGCAGAACAGAAUGAAGCUGAUGGCAGAUAACUACGAAGACGACCAUCUGAAGGUGGCGUCUCCAAACUCAGAGCUGCCCAACAAUCACAAGCCCUCUCCGGAUCAGAUUCUCUCUCCUCUCCUGGAUCUCCACCAGAAUUGUAAUAAGCUGAAGCUUUACAUCAGCCAUCUGACCUCAUUGUGUCAGGAGCGAGACCCAGUCAUCCUGCAGGACUUUGCCCCGCCCCCUGCCUAUCACCGCUCUGACUCUGCCUCCUGGCAUACGCAGCUGCACAGCAUGACAGAGGAACAGUUGGAGGCGGAGUUAGCUCGGUGUGAACGGGAGGGGGCGGAGCUACAGGAGUACGCCAAUCAGGUCCUGCAGCAAAUUGCCGACCGCUGCCCCGACAUCCUGGAGCAAGUUGUCAACGCCUUGGAAGACAGCUGCUGAUGGACCAACACACACAUUGUUAAGCGUGCAUUUACUUUAGAGCAAACAUUGAACGCAGCCCCAUUAUCCCAACACAAGUGUUGAACAUACCUGCUCCUCACUCUGCUAAAUUUAACACCAAAAUGUGUGUAAGGGGGAAAACAGUUCCUCACAAACACUCCCCCGCUGUGUUCAUCAGUUUGAGCAAAAGGUGACAGCUGAAAGUGUUUUUAAGUGGUAUGCAUUUCAACUUCUGCAUUUCCUUCAAAAUAAGGCGACUUCUCCCGUCAGACCGCCGUUUGCACUUUAGCAAAAAAAUAUUUUCAAAGCUGAUGGAAGCGAGAUGGUGAUUCUGAUGCCAGACUUGCACAUUGUUGCCACAUUAUUUUAUUAGUUCAGAUACUGAUGCUUGUUUAUUUCGGCUGCCUUGGGCUCCUCACAUCAUGUGCUGCUAUCUGUUUUUUUGUUGAAUUUUUGUCAUAUUUCUGUUGUGUGUUUUCCAUCCUCUGCAUGUGUCUGACGAAAUGUCCUGACUUACAGUCUCUUUGAACUGUAGUCUCUAGAUAGUUGUGUAAAUUGUAAAAGGCGGGUGUUAACUGAUGUGCAGCCUCUGUGUUCAACCAAUUGCUUUCCAGUACAACACAUUUCAGAUUCUUUAUUUAUUUGAAACUUGGAAAAAAAAAUCUGCAAUUUUUGAUGCAAUUAAGCUCAAAUGAGACCCAGUAAAUCCUUUCAUUUUUAUUAAAACUCAAGCAACAGGUUAAAAUAGAAAUAAAUUUUAAAUUCAAAGGGAGGAAAUUAAAAUACAAAUACAUUUUUCUUAUUACUUUAUGUGGAACUAAUUUUAAAAUACUUCUCAAAUUACUAAAUUGUUCCAGUUAAAGUUGUUUUUUAUUAUUUUGUUAAUCACAUUUGCCUAAAACUCUAUGAUUUCUGUCUUAAAACCAGGAUUAAAGUUUCAAUAAGAGUCUAACUUUGUGCGUGAGCUUCCCAACAUGAAGAUGAAAUCAUCCCAAAGAGUUUCUAGAAGGUUUAUAAAGUCUGUGUUUUAUUUUAGAGAAAACCCUGUCAGGUUCCAGCUGUACAUUCAGUAUUCUGUUGUCGAUUUUCUACUAAUGUCGUCAGUGUUUGGACGUGCUGGUGAAAGAGAGUCGCUUUGAAUUUGUUGUGGAUUAAAAACUUGUGGAGAGAUUUAAAUAAAAUAUGGUUUUAUCUUA